CUGUCUAACCAAUCGACUUGGUGGUGUAGUGGUGACGUUGUCAGCUGGCCAAGCCGGUGGAGCGUCUUGCAUCCGCGACAGAGCACGCCCGUCACCUUCAGAACUGCCGACUGCGAACCUGCCAUUUUGACCGUUUUCCUUGUCUUGGACCUCCGUGAGACCUGCGGUUUAAUGUGGUAGCCUACCGCCGAGUCGCGUCUUUUCAUCUCCCUCGACCAACACCGUCCUUAGCUAUCCGAGCACUGAAAGCUCCAGCUUUCCGGUCACGCCCAUCAUGCUGCCCCCGGGCGCGAGGCGUGCGGCCGUCGGCGCGCUCGCCUUGUCGUGUCUUGUUGCUGGUCAGAAGAACUACACGCAGUUCGAUAUGAUGCGGGCCCAGCUGGCCCUCUUAGAUGACCGACCAAACGACUGUCCGCCAUGUUUCAACUGUCUCCUGCCGGCUCACGAGUGUGGCCAGUACGCCGAGUGCAACGAAUACAACGGAAAAUGCGAAUGCCCGGCCGGGUUUGGAGGCGACGACUGCUUAGAGCCUACGUGCGGUUCUCUUGCUCGAGGCAGAGACCGCCCGAUCAGGUCGGGCGAUACUUGUGAAUGCGACCAAGGUUGGACGGGAAUCAACUGCAAUGUCUGCAUCCAAGAUAAUGCUUGCGAUGCUCUCAUGGAGACCGGAGACGGCGGUGUUUGCUACCAGAACGGCGAGGUGGUGAACGAAAACCACCAGAUGUGCGCCGUUACCAACGAGAAGAUCCUGGGCAUGCUCGACGGCAAGAUACCCCAGGCUACCUUCACCUGCAAGAAGGAGGAAGGAAUCUGCGAUUUCCAGUUUUGGAUUGAUAGAGUCGAGUCAUUCUAUUGCCAUCUCGAGAACUGCGAAUCCAACGCCGACUUCACUUCGGAUCAGAACAGCACUUUCUACAAGUGCCCCGACGUCCGCUGUAGCUGUGUUAAAGACCGUAUGCUUUGUGGAGCCGAUGGCUCCAUCGAUCUAACCGACUUCCUUAACGAAUCCGUCACUGGCCCUGCUACUUUUAAUUGCCUACAAGAGAAUGGCGGAAUCAACAAUUGCAAAUUCAGAGAACCGCAGCUCGAUUGGAUGGUUAGCACCAUCUUCGGCGAUGAGAGCAUCGAGUUGGACUGCCGCUCUGGCGAGUGCCUCUACCACACUCAAGUUCCCGGCUACGAGCGCCCUAUCAAGAAGAUCAACACGCCUUUGAUCGCGGGCAUCAUUGCCGGCUGCUCCUUGUUCCUCGUUGCCGUCUUCUUGCUGAUCUGGUAUCUCUCCCACCGCCAGUACCGGUACGGACCUAUCCACUUGGACGAUUCCGACGACGAAGCCACCAAAUUGAUGAUCGACCACAAACCGGCUACUCUGUAUUUCGAAAACGUUUCUUACGGGCUCAAUGGGAAGGCCAUCCUCAGCGAUAUCAGGGGCAUCGCGCACCCCGGAGAGAUCACGGCUAUCAUGGGCGCGUCUGGAGCGGGAAAGACGAGCUUCUUGGAUAUACUAGCGCGCAAGAACAAGCGUGGUCAGACCGGAGGAGACUUCCUCGUCAACGGGGAGAAGGUCACCGAUACCGAAUUUAAGAGCGUCGUUGGUUUCGUCGACCAGGAGGAUACUAUGCUCCCGACGCUGACUGUGCACGAAACCAUCCUGACUAGCGCCCUCCUCCGUCUUCCCCGCGGAAUGGGUCGCGCGGCUAAGGAGCAAAGGGUUUUUGAAGUUGAGAAGCAGCUUGGCAUCUACCACAUUCGGGAUUCCUUGAUCGGGUCCGAAGAGGGCAAAGGAAGAGGUAUCUCUGGCGGCGAAAAGAGGCGCGUCGGCAUCGCCUGCGAACUGGUUACCAGCCCUUCGAUCCUAUUCCUCGACGAGCCCACCAGUGGCCUCGAUGCAUUCAACGCUUUCAAUGUCAUCGAAUGUCUCGUAACAUUGGCCAAGACGUACCAGCGCACUGUCAUUUUCACUAUUCACCAACCGCGGUCCAACAUUGUGGCUUUGUUUGAUCGUCUCAUUCUUCUCGCGCAGGGCAAGACCGUAUAUUCAGGCCCCUUCUCCCUGUGCCAGGAGUACUUCGACCGGAUCGGUUACACGUGUCCGCCAGGCUUUAACAUUGCGGAUUACCUCGUCGAUCUCACGAUGCAUGCCAGCUCUUCUAGCAUUCUCGACGAUGGAUCCAUCACGAACGACGGUGGGAGCGUUGGUCCCAGCAGUACCACCGCUGUGAAGUCGAUUGCCAGCGCCUCUGGGACGGCCAGCAUCGCCGAAGACAGCUCGAUAGAACCGUCGACGAUCCGACCUAAGGGCAAGCGCAAGGAUUCGGUCAAGGCGAGACAGGAGCGAGAGCUCUUUACGAGACGGAAGAAUAUCAUCGACACUGCUGCCUCUUCCGAUGUCGAAGAAGAUGCUGGGUCUUACAAACUACACAAGCAACCGGCCAGCGGUGGUGUUCGCCCGCAGGUAGUUAUUGAAGACGUCCACGACCUUCCGCCUGCCGCCGGAACAAAUCUCGAUAGUCUUGUUCUAGCCUUCGCCGAGUCUGACAUUGCUAGCGACAUCCACGAUGAAAUCCUCCAGGCCGCAGCCAGUGCCCAGGCCGCCAAUGGUCAAAACGGGAACGGAGCACAGGGAGCGUAUGGCGACGGCAGCGCGAUUGGACGCGGUUACGCACGUAUCGGUUACCUGAGGCAAUUCAUCAUUCUCUCAGAGAGGACGUGGAAGAACCUUUACCGCAACCCGUUCCUGAUGCUGACACACUACGCCAUCGCGAUAACUCUUGCUGUUCUCUCGGGAUACCUUUUCUACGGUUUAACCGACGAUAUCCCUGGGUUCCAGAACCGACUCGGCCUGUUCUUCUUCCUCCUCGCUCUUUACGGCUUCAGCACGCUUACUAGCCUGAAUGUCUUCGCUUCCGAACGUCUCCUCUUCGUCCGGGAGAGGGCGAACGGAUACUACUCGCCUAUCACCUACUUCGUCGCAAAGGUUCUAUUCGACAUUGUCCCCCUGAGAAUUAUUCCGCCGAUCCUGAUGGGUGCCAUCAUCUAUCCCAUGACAGGUCUAAUCCCGGAUGCGCCACACUUCUUCACGUUCAUGCUCAUUCUAGUUCUGUUCAACAUGGCCGCAGCUGCCAUCUGCCUAUUUAUUGGCGUUGUGUGCAAGGAUAGUAGCGUGGCGAACCUUAUAGGGAGCCUGGUCAUGCUCUUCUCCCUCUUGUUUGCUGGGCUGCUCCUCAACCACGACGCGAUUCCCGAUGCAGCGCUCUGGCUGCAGUCCCUGUCCAUCUUCCACUACGGCUUCGAGGCCCUCAUCGUCAACGAAGUCGUAAAACUGACUCUUAUUGAUAAGAAGUAUGGCCUCGACAUCACGGUACCCGGUGCGGCGAUCCUGAGCUCGUUCGGCUUCAACAACUCGGCAAAAUGGUCGGAUGUCGCCAACCUAGGCGUGUUUGCCGCAGUUUUUGUCGUGCUAGCCUACGUCGCGAUGCAUUUCUUACUGGUGGAGAAGCGAUAGAAUGUGGAAGAGGGCUAUAUUUUUGAAAAUAAUAACUGUAGGAUUAUGCUGCUACCUGUUCACAUAAACAUGACACCGAAUUGGUAUUUGCUACACGGAUGCAUCGCCUUCUAUUCUGCAUAACUCGAUCAAUGCAUGCUGGGGCUGGGUCUGCCUGAGGGCGUAACGGGGGCGUUGCAAGGUUCGGUCAUGUUCAUCAAGAGGGUCAAUCGUCGCGUUACGCCGUGCGC